AUGAUUUGUAAGUGUUAUUGUCAAACCCUAAUUUUCUUAUUUGAUCUUCGCUUUCGAGAGACUGUCACCGUUUCACUUUUCCACCUGAUUUCACCGUUUCACUUUUCCACCCCGAAAAAGUGUUCACAAAAACGUUCAACUAAAUCAUCUCCGCAGCUUGUCAUUUGGCCACUACUCUCCUCUCCUGAUGCUGAAUAUGAAUUAAUCAACUAUUGGCCAGAUGAGGUUGAAGAUCCGUCUCUUAUAUAUCUACACACACUCAUUAGUCAUCGGUAUCCCUUUUCAAAAGAGUCUUGGUCUGGUGGUGUAACUCUUUGGCCUUUCCUUGUCGUCGAUUCUAAGCCUCACAAGAAAGAGAAACCACAUAUGAAAGUUAAUAUUCCUCAAAAGAAAGCUGCUGAUAUUCCUCAAGACAGGUCUGGUUCAUCUCCUCAUUAUUCGUUUAAAGAGAAAGGUAAAGUUGGUGAUUCUUCACCACAGAAUGUGGGUCAAAGGGUUGUUAAACUUGAUGUUGAUGCACUGAUCCGCCAGAUCAACUCAAUAAAUGCUGUUCACACUGCUGAGAUUAAGUCAACUUUUGCAUUGGAGAUGUCUCUUAUCAAGGAUGAACUUGUUGACCAGAUUAUAAGUGUACUCCACAAAGGUGAUAAGCCUGACAUUCCAAACCGUCCUGACCAAACAGCUUCUUCUCAUGAUGAACCUCCUACUGAACAACAUCAUACUCAAGAAGGCACCAAUGUUAGUCCAUCAACACCGAGAAAUGUUAGUCCGUCAAGAACCACAAAUAUUGGUCCACCGAAAGGGCCAAAUGUCAGUUCUGAAUGGGAUCCCUAA